AUGGCUGCGCCUCUUCUCGACAACCUCGUUUUGGCCAUCAACUCGGCCGCGUCGUCUGCUAGUCCCUCCGUCAUGCCCACGAUCCCCAGCGCGACUUCAGUACGGGACGACGUCGUUAACGAAGUUCGCUCACCUUUUACUCGCCCUAACUCGCCCGCCCCUUCCCUAAUGUCGUUCUCUUCGAUGCCGCCUCUUGCAUCGUUGCCCGAGUCCGACAGCGAGCCUGGCGAGGUCGAUGAAGAUACCCCACUGCUCUUGAAGCCGGAACGCGUCGCAGGCGACGCACCUGUCAGGCAGCUGGGACAUAUACUUGACGUGUCGGACACCACUUCGGUCUUGACCUCGUCGGACGGACAGGCCAACCUGGCCGAUCGCUCCGCUUCCGCGUCUCUACAAGCACGCGACGGGAGCGACGCUGAUGUCCCCAUGGACGGUGACAUUGUCCUAGCGGCCCGGCGGAACACACCACCGCCGUCGUACGCCGCGGUCCUGCGUCAAGAGUUCCUGCGAGCCAGUCGACCUAUCGGACGUACGGAGCGCGCUGUUAACCAUCCGUCUUCCACGAUCGCCUCGGGGCACCCAAGAAACCUCCACGACAUCCUUUACUUCCUUUCCCUCAACCAGCUCGGCGUCGCGCACGCUCUCGAGGAGAUCAAGCCGUACGAGCUGAGCUCGCUCAAGGCCGGUCUUGCCGCUCUGCACGACCAAUUCCUCGUCGGACGACGCUCCGCUCCCGUUCCGCCUCGACUCGCCAUCAACUGGGUCCACAAGCACGUUGUUCACCGACACGGUAUCGACUACUGCGUCAAUAACAACCGCGAAUGGCUCCGCGACGUCGACAUCCCGCUUUACGCCAACGGGUUACGCGCUGUCGAGCGUUACUGGCAUGGCAGCGCCCGCCGAGGACGUCCCUACCUCUUCGUACACCAGAUCGACGAGUUGCGCGUCUGUGCUCCGCAGUACCACGGGAAUGCGGGCGCGUUUCUUGACCACAUCAAGAAGGUGGAUGGAGAGAGGAUAGGAUCGCGUCGGUAA